GGAGAAUUAAAAAUUAAUCAAUAAGCAAAACAAAUUUUGGUAAAAUGCCAGUUUUUCAUACAAAAACCAUCGAGAGCAUUUUAGAUCCUGUAGCACAACAGGUUUCUCGCUUAGUUAUUCUGCAUGAAGAAGCCGAAGAUGGAAAUGCUAUGCCUGAUCUCAGUCGACCAGUGCAGGUUGUUUCAGCCGCUGUCGCAAACUUGGUGAAAGUCGGUCGUGAUACCAUUAACAGUUCGGAUGACAAAAUUCUGCGUCAAGAUAUGCCACCAGCAUUGCAACGCGUUGAGACUGCUUCGCAGUUACUGGAAGAAGCCUCCGAUAUGUUGCGUGUUGAUCCCUAUUCGGGACCUGCACGUAAAAAGCUGAUAGAAGGAAGCCGCGGUAUACUGCAAGGCACCUCAUCGCUAUUGCUUUGCUUCGAUGAAUCGGAGGUGCGCAAAAUUAUACAAGAAUGCAAACGUGUACUCGAUUAUUUAGCAGUCGCUGAAGUCAUCAAUACCAUGGAGGAUCUAGUGCAAUUUCUUAAAGACUUAUCGCCAUGGUUAAGUAAAGUAUCGCAGAAGGUAAGUGCCCGUGAAAAGGAGCUUACACAUCAGGUGCAUAGUGAAAUUUUGGUGCGUUGCCUAGAGCAAGUUAAGAUUUUGGCUCCAAUACUAAUCUGCAGCAUGAAGGUUUAUAUACAUAUAGUAGAGCAGCAAGGUAAAGGUGUAGAAGAGGCAGCAGAAAAUCGCAAUUAUUUGGCCUCGCGCAUGAGCGAUGAAAUUCAGGAAAUUAUACGUGUUCUUCAGUUAACUACCUACGAUGAGGACACAAGCGAAUUGGACAAUUUGACGGUGCUGAAAAAGCUGAGCAAUGCUAUUCAUAAUAAAAGCGAAUUAGCGAACGACUGGCUCAAUAAUCCGUACGCAUUGAGAGGAGGGGUAGGCGAGAAAGCAUUGCGUCAAAUUAUUGAUAACGCUAGCGAGAUCUCAGAGCGUUGUUUGCCCCAAGAUUCUUAUCCAAUACGCCGGUUAGCUGAUGAAAUUACUGCCAUGACUAAUGGUUUAUGCGAAUUGCGACAGGAAGGCAAAGGUACCACGCCCCAAGCGGAAUCCUUAGCCCGUAGUAUACGCGAAAAAUUAGGCGAUAUGCAACAUUUGAUUCGUAAUGCUGUAAUUGGUGUGGAUAAGGCAGGAGUACAACAGACAGCACAUACUAUACAGGGCAGAUUGGAACAAGCUGUUAAAUGGCUUCAAAACCCUGAAUUGAAUGAUGGCGGUUUAGGCGAACGGGCCGUCAGUUUAAUAGUGGAAGAAGGCCGUAAAGUGGCUGAAGGUUGUCCUGGCCAUCAAAAGGCUGAAAUCAUGCAAUUGUGUGAUGAGGUGGAACGUUUAAAACGCCAAGCUGGCGGCCAUACUCCCGCGGCGAAAGAGGCGGCCAAAAAGCUUACUAUGAAAUUGCACGAACUGAAAGCCGCCGUACAAAACGCCCUAGUUAAUCGCAUCGUGCAAGACUUUAUGGAUGUUAGUACACCGCUAAAACAAUUUACGGAUGCAGUUAUGCUACCCGAAGGUACUCCGGGAAGGGAACAGAAUUUCAAUCAGAGAUCCAACAAUCUACAAGCUUUUUCUGAUCGCGCCUCAAAGACUUCCCGUAUGGUAGCGGCCGGUGGAGCUUGCGGCAAUAAAAAGAUAGCCGAAAUUCUAUUGUCCUCGGCUGGUCAAGUGGACUCAAUGACACCCCAGCUUAUCAACGCUGGACGCAUACGUAUGAAUUAUCCAGCUAGCAAAGCAGCCGAUGAACAUUUACAAAAUCUUAAGCAACAAUAUGCGGACACAGUCCUACGUAUGCGUACCCUAUGUGACCAGGCUACCGAUCCAGCUGAGUUUAUUAAAACGUCUGAGGAACACAUGCAAAUGUAUGCGAAACUCUGUGAAGAUGCCAUCCAUGCUAAACAGCCGCAAAAAAUGGUAGACAACACUUCAAAUAUAGCUCGUCUAAUUAAUCGCGUGCUCCUGGUGGCUAAACAAGAAGCUGAUAAUUCAGAAGAUCCUCAAUUUACCGCGAAGUUAAAUACAGCUGCUAAUCGACUAGAGAAUUCAUUGCCCGCUAUGGUGGGAGAUGCUAAGCGCGUGGCGACUAACAUAAAUGAUCCGGCAGCUGCACAAGCUUGGAAAAACUCUUUCCAAAGGCUCUUAGCUGAUGUCAAAGACGUGCGUUCGGCUAUAGCACCACCUGCUCCUCCACUACCCGACUUACCACCACCCCCACCUAUUCCAGAGUUAAGUGCCUUACAUUUGAAUGAAGUUGAUCGCGCCCCUCCAAGGCCUCCACUGCCACGCGAAGGCAUACCUCCGCAAAGGCCACCUCCGCCAGAGACCGAUGAUGAGGAUGAGGGCGUAUUUCGUGCCGUGCCUCAACCCAAUCAACCAAUUUUGAUAGCUGCACGUGGACUUCACCAAGAAGUACGUCAAUGGUCCUCUAAAGAUAAUGAAAUCAUAGCGGCUGCCAAACGUAUGGCCAUUUUGAUGGCGCGUCUUUCCGAUUUAGUACAAUCGGACUCGCGCGGCAGCAAACGCGAGUUAAUAGCAACUGCCAAACAAAUAGCCGAAUCCUCAGAAGAUGUUACCCGAUUGGCUAAAGAGUUAGCUCGUCAGUGCACUGAUCGGCGCAUACGUACGAACUUAUUGCAAGUUUGCGAACGCAUACCCACUAUCGGAACGCAAUUAAAGAUCCUUAGCACUGUUAAGGCUACCAUGUUAGGUGCUCAAGGGUCAGAUGAAGAUCGUGAAGCUACCGAAAUGUUAGUAGGCAAUGCCCAAAAUUUAAUGCAAAGUGUUAAAGAAACUGUACGGGCUGCAGAGGGAGCGAGCAUUAAAAUACGUUCAGAUCACACGAACCGAUUGCAAUGGGUGCGUCGUCAACCUUGGUACCAAUAUUAACGUUAAUAAGAUUUUCUUGAAAAAACCCGCUUAACUUUUCAACAAUUUUAAGUGCCUUAAAGUUAUUUAUGUUAAAUGUUUUGCUCAGAGUUUUGCUUUGAGUUUUCUAUAACUAUUUUUCU